GAGAGGUUUGAGUAAGGGGGAUGCAGGCGAGGUGAGGGUGAGUAAGAGAUGAGUCAACUGCCCUCAGCUAUAAGAGAAGCCCUGAUGGAGCCUGGGAGUGACACAUACACAACCCCUAAGAGGCGUGCCCGUGCUGUUCUUUAUAUAAACACAGAGAAACCACCAGGUUCUAGACGCAAACCUGCACACAUAUUGACACAGGUACACACGUUCAGGCACAUACACCCAUUCCUCCAGACUACAGAUAUGGACUGCUCCAUGGCCCUCCUGUUGUCCUGUCUGUUGGCUCUGUUCAGCGUGGGGGCGGGAGCUUCACUCUCGUUACAUGUAGUGAGGACCAAGGUCAAAGACCUUGCUCAAACCAUGGUGAUUAGGAUCAAAAAGCUGAAUAUAUCUCCUAACUUGAUCGAGGGUAUGGACCCAUUUCUCCCUGCGGCUGCAGUAGAUCAGCAUAUAGAAAGCCUGCCUUCCAUAGUGGAGACCAUGGGGUUCUACCAGGACCUACUGCUCGUCCUAGACUGGGCAGACCUCAAACAGCUGGUGGAAGACACCUCCACUAUGAGGGGUCUGCUGGAGAACUGGAUGAUAUCACGCUGCCCAGGCCGCCAACAGAAACAGACAGGAGAGGGAGGGCUGUCAGAGGCUCUGAAAGACACUACCAGGAAGUAUGGUCUGAGUGUGGGUCCAGUUGCGCUAAACAGACUCAAGGGCUACCUUGGUCGGUUACUACUGAACCUGGAUCAGCUGAAUUACUGUUACUAAUGUUGACAAUAACUGAGCAACUGAACUCAGAUCAGUUUGUGCCAUGCUGAACAACUGUUACUGACAGUGACUGUCACUGAGUAACUGAACUAUGAUCAACUCGUGAUCUGCUGAAAUCCUAGAAUGAGUUGAAGCAAGACUGGACAGUGGGGUCAUGGUGUCUGAAGAUUCUCCUAAAUGUAGGUCAUCCCACUGUCACCAUCUCCUGCUAAGUUAAGACAUUUUAUAUUGUAUUAUUUAGACAAGGACUGUAUCUUUAUUUAUAUUUAUUUCUAUCAAGAAGAGAAAAAAUAAGCAGCUUUGUUUUGUAGCAUUAUACACCCUUCAGUCAGUGGCACGGGGGAGGUGUUAACUAAGCAUUGAAUCAGCUGUAUUGCAGAAUGUACACACACACACACACACACACGUUGAGUAAUUUAUUUUUAUUUUUUUUACCUUUAUUUUCAAUGACGGCCUAGGAACAGUGGGUUAACUGCCUGUUCAGGGGCAGAACGACAGAUUUGUACCUUGUCGGCUCGGGGGUUUGAACUUGCAACCUUCCGGUUAAAUGCUGCCUGCUCCAGGGAGGACUAGACUGCAUGUGUGUAGUGAUGUCAUCAUACUCACAGAGAGGUUUUCCUGAAAGCUAAGACAGCCUCUGCCAGGAAACCAGAUGUUUUGAUGUUAGAGCAGUGACAGAGAGGGAAGGUGGGGGAGAGAGGGGGGGCGAGAUCAGUUCUCAAUGACAUUCCAAGAUGGAUUCUCAAUGACAAUGCUACAUUGCAUUCAGAUUGAAAUGCGUUGUAUAGAACACAUGAUUGUCUAUCCUGAAGAGCAGUGAGUCAUGUCAGCUCUAUUUCAUUACAAUUCUAUAUACAAGGUUCUGAAUAUGAUUCCUCAAUGAACACAUCCCAACUCAUUAUCUUCUUGACAGUAUAAGCACUUAUGCCAGCAACAUACCAUCAUACAUCCCACUGUUGGCUUGCCAAUGAAGCUAAGCAGGGUUGGUCCAGGUGGGUUGCUGGAUGAGAGACCAGAUGCUGCUGGAAGUGGUGUUGGAGGGCCAGUAGGAGGCACUCUUUCCUCUGAUCUGAAAAAAAGAUCCCAGGCCAGUGAUAGGGGACAUUGUCAUGUGUAGGGUGCCAUCUAUUGGAUGGGAUGUUAAACAGGUGUCCUGACUAUCUUUGGUCAGUAAUAGAUCCCAUAGCACUUACUGUAAGAGUAGGGGUCUUAACCCUGGGGUCCUGGCUAAAUUCCCAAUCUGGCUGUCUAAUAUGCCAUAUAAUCAUCCCCAGCUUCUAAUUGUCUCAUUCCUCUCCCCUAUAAUUAUUCCCCAGGUUGUUGCUGUAAAUGAGAAUGUGUGCUGAGUCAACUCACCUUGUCAAACAAAAUGAUUUAUACUGUACUAUAUUUUUGGUAAAUUUUAUGUAACUAUUUAAUCUUGGAUAAUAUGCAAAGUCUAUUUAAUAAAAUGGUUUCAUUUUCUAUUA